GAUUGACUUACCGGUCGUGUAGUUCUUACGUGUUAUACGCAAAAAUUAUAUUUACUUCAUCUCAAAAUGGACGCAGAAGAAUUCAGAGUUCGCGGCAAAGAAAUGGUUGACUACAUUUGUCAAUACAUGACAAGUAUGAACAAAUACAAAGUCACUCCAGACAUAGAACCGGGAUAUUUAAAAAAGUUGCUGCCCAGUGAAGCUCCACAAGAACCGGAAAACUGGGAGAGUAUCAUGAAAGAUGUUGAGAGCAAGAUCAUGCCGGGAGUCACACAUUGGCAACAUCCAAGGUUCCAUGCAUAUUUUCCCAGUGGAAACUCCUACCCUUCGAUAUUGGGUGAUAUGCUGUCGGAUGCCAUAUCGUGCAUUGGAUUUUCUUGGGCUUCCAGUCCCGCCUGCACAGAAUUGGAAACCAUCGUUUUAGAUUGGUUCGGCAAAGCCAUCGGUCUUCCAGACGAUUUUAUCACUUCAAGUAGUAAAGACAGUAAAGGUGGAGGAGUUCUUGAGACCUGUGCCAGCGAAUGUGUCCUAGUAUGUAUGCUGGCAGCUAGAAACCAAGCUAUUCAGUAUCUCAAAAAAGACAAUCCAAACAGUAGUCACGACAGCGAAUUUUUGCCAAAGUUGAUCUGUUAUUGUUCAAAAGAAGCGCAUUCCUGCGUCGAGAAAGCAGCGAAGAUGCUUCUUGUGAAGAUUAGAAUACUGGAUCCUGACGAGAAUGGUAGUUUGAGAGGGGAGACAGUUCGUGCUGCCAUGGAAGAAGAUAAAGCUAAAGGACUCUUUCCCUUCCUCGUUAGUGCUACCCUUGGUACUACAGCGAGUGCUUCUUUUGAUAAUUUAGAAGAAUUGGGUCCGAUUUGCAAAUUAGAGCCUUGUACAUGGCUUCACGUCGAUGCUGCUUAUGCUGGUAACGCUUUUAUUUUACCUGAACUGAAAUAUCUGCUGAAGGGGGUCGAAUAUAUAGAUUCUUUUAAUACUAACCCCAACAAAUGGUUAUUAACCAACUUUGACUGUUCCUGUUUAUGGGUUAGAUGUAAGUACAAACUCACUAGUGCUUUAGCAAUCGAUCCUUUAUAUCUUCAACACGCCAAUUCAGAUGAAGCCAUUGAUUACAGACACUGGGGUAUUCCGCUUAGUAGAAGGUUCCGAUCUUUAAAAUUGUGGUUUGUUAUUAGAAACUAUGGACUUUCUGGUCUUCAGAACUACAUUAGGAACCAUAUAAGACUAGCAAAAUAUUUCGAAUCUUUAGUUAGGAAAAACCCAAAGUUCGAAGUUGUAAACGAUGUACGCCUAGGUCUAGUUUGCUUCAGACUAAAAGCCCCAGAUUGCGACAACAAAAAACUAUUAGCCAACAUAAACGAUUCUGGUAAACUUCACAUGAUUCCUAGCAUGGUCAAAGAUAAGUACAUCAUUCGAUUUUGUGUAGUAGCUGAACAUGCUACAGAAGCUGACAUAGACUAUGCCUGGCGUAUCAUUCAAGAAUACAGCGCAGAAAUUACCAGCAGAGUAUCCUUCAGACCCCCUCUUACAAGGCAAAAAUCCAGCAGGCUCUCAUUUACAAGAAGUGUGUCCAAAGAAAUGUACCAAAGGUCCAAAAGCAAGUCCAACUUGCUGGACGGUGCCACGCCUAUUUUGGUGGUUGAUUCUGAUGAAGAUGAGGAAUGCCUCAACAAUAACACAGAUGAUAUUCUGGAUGCCUUGACAAGCGUAAGUGUUUAUGACGACGACGUGUUUGCUAAAGAGAACGAAGAAGAAAAGAGGAUGCCACCUCAGAGUCCACCCAACUAUUUGUAACCGAAUAUGAAUUGUCUAUAAGAAAAAAUUGGUCCUUUUUACUUUUUCUAUGAAGUGGUCUGAUUUAUUAGAAAUCAGUACUACAGUUGUUAUUGAUACUAGUGAGCUGAAGUCUUAUAGUAUCAAAAUUUAAUAUUUAUUUGUAUAUUUUUUUAAAUACUAUAAAGAACAGUAUUAUUACGAUUUAAGUUAUUUUGAAUUAAUUUUUAGUACUUAAUUUAAUUGUUACAAUAAAUUAUUUCUUGCAUUUAUUA